AUGCAUGCUAAGCGCCUCGCUACUCAUCACAUAUCAAGCGCGCCCCAAAUUAUCUUUCGGCUUGCUGCUCGCCAUACAUUAGACCAUCACGACGAUAUAACUCUCCAGCGUUUGCAGUCCUAUUUAAAGAAGCUGCGGAACAGCCUUCAAAUCUAUGAAAACUCUCUUCGCAGAACAACAACGCUGACUUUAUCUUACUGCUUCCAACGAAGGACUUUAGAAGUAUACUUAGACGUCGAUGUUGACAUGGCGGACGGUUGGACAUCUGCUCCAUUUUUGCUUAAUUAA